GCUUAACCAACUGAGCCACCCAGGCGCCCCCUUCCUCGCUUUUCCUUUCUGGCUAGCCCUGCAUAGUUUAGAUUCAUCGGCACACUUUGUCUUCUUGCAUGGCUCUUCUUCCGUCUCCUGUCUUUCAGCUAGAGUAAUCUUUAAAAUACAGCUCUGAGUUCUGUCCCCUCUGCUGCAGGAUAAUCUGAGCUCCUUAGCUGGGCAUUAAAGCGCAUGCACCUUACCUGCCAUAACUUCAAUCACAAACCCUUCCCUCCGGAGUUGAGUCAUGGAAGGUCUCCUCCCCAAGCCCUGACACCUUUGCUCGUAUUAUUACCUUUGAUGGGAUCCCACCCCCUACUCUUCCAUCUCACUGUCAAAUCCUUGCCGUUAUUUAAAAAUAGCCUUCUCUGUGGGGUACCUGUCUAAUUCAGUUGGUAAAGCAUCAAGUCUCUUGAUCUCAGGGUUGUGAGUUCAAGCCCCACGUUGAGUGUAGGGUUUACUCAAAAAAAAAAAAAAAAUUUAAAGAGCUAAAUUAAAAAAAAAAAAAGCCCCCUCUGUGACAUCUUCCCUACACCCUCCCCCCCCCCACUCCUGUUGGAAUUCCUCCCUCCCUGAGCUCUCAUAGCAGUUACCAGCUCAGCUCCUGAGGCUGAUCUCUUUCCACCUAUUAUGCUUCUAUUCACAUCCAGCCACUUCCACUAAAUGAUUAGCUCCUUGAGGGCAGAGUCUCUAGGUCUUUUUCAUCUCAGCAUCUUCCUGAGCACAUACCUAAGACUGUGCCUUAAAACCCUUCAUUGGUGUUUACUGGCCCAAGAUGGCAACUGGGGCUCCAGCCUUCAUGCAUAUAUUCCAGGAAGAGGGAAGAGAAAAGGGAGGGCUAAAGAGAGGGCCUCCGAGCUGAGUCGGUUCCUUUCAAGCACUUUCUCUCCCAAUAGCUUCUGUUCACAUCUCAUUGACCAUGCCCAGCAGCAGGAGAAACUGGGUACAUUGUUUCCCUUCAAACUCAAGAGCACAUCCCUUGUUUUACAGAUGAAAAUAUAAGAUCCAGAGAGGAUCAGAGAAUUAGGGAGGCUGCUGAACAUGGUUAAGGAUCAGGCUUCAGAGCUAAACACACCUGGGUUUGAAUCCUGCCUCUCCCUGCAUAUAACCUCUUCAUUCCUCGUUUGUAAAAUUGGGUUAAUGGUAUCUACUUCAGGGGAUGUUAAGAAAAUUAAAUAAGGUAAUGGAUGUGAAAAAGCACUUACCAUGGUUUAGGACACAGUUAUUGUCCAUUGUCUUAGUUUGGGUUCCCCCAAAAGCACACUUUGAGACAAAGAUUUGGGUGCGAGUAGUUUAUUUAAAAGUUAACCCCAGGGCGCCUGGGUGACUCAGUCGUUAAGCGUCUGCCUUCGGCUCAGGUCAUGAUCCCAGGGUCCUGGGAUCAAGCCCCACAUUGGGCUCCCUGCUCCGCGGGAAGCCUGCUUCUCCCUCUCCCACUCCCCCUGCUUGUGUUCCCUCUCUCGCUGUCUCUCUCUGUCAAAUAAAUAAAUAAAAUCUUAAAAAAAAAGGGGGGGGGGUUGUGGCUGACACAGGUUAGCAUUCUGUCUUCCUCAGCCCUCUGGCCACAUCCCUGCAUGACUCAACCCACCCUCACCCUGCUUCAUGCCUUCCCAUAGGCCCAUGACCCAAGCUUUUGAAACUGGUGAAGGAGACAGUCAUGAUCUAACUGGGGCUAGACAAGUACUUCGCCCUAGGCCCCAAAUACCCCCAGUGCCCAGCCUGAAAUGCCUCCAUUCAUUUCCUUCCAUUGAGGCACAUAUUCCUCAUCCUUCACCUAACACCCUGAAGAAAAUUUAAUGAGUCCAUCAUCAUUAUCAACGCCUUCAUGAGGACUAACCUGCAUCAGACUAACUGGGGUCACUUAAGUUUUGAGAGUUCCAAAAGGAAAGCUCCAGAGGGCAGAGGGCUUCCCAGGGCACCAGGCUUCUCUGUGUCCACCCACAUCUGGUCUGUGGCAGAGCCGGGACCAGAGUGGAGGCCUUCGGCAUCAAGCAGGGGCUGAUGGAGGGCACCAGCUCCUGGUAGCCGAGAGUAGGGCCCUUCUAGAGCCAUCCGCUCAGUCAACACCUACUGAGUGCCAGGCAGGGGGGAGACACCCCGCUGCCAGGCAGGAGAGACCCCCACAGCUGUUGGGAGACAACAGCAGCCCUGAUGAAGGGAGUCCGAGAUGGCUGCAGGGGUCAAAACCCAGAGUGGAGGCCAUGGGGGGCCCUGAUGAGUGCCGAGGCGGGAAGACGCUGUUCCCAGCCCUGAUGUCCAGCUGGAUCCUGCUACCCUAGCCCCAGCUACGCAGGGUGUCCGUGUCCCUCCCCAACAGGCCCGCCGAGCCCUCCCAGUGCCUCUCUCAACCUUCUUCCUUCGUGUGGGCACCAGGGAAGCAGUCUACUCAGCCAAAACUCAAUUCUGCCCCAAGGAUGCCCUUCCUUUGCAUCCCCUCCCCAGGGGACCAAGGCUGACCCUCCCAGGUCUGGGGGCUUGGUCUCCCUCCUUCCUUCCUAACCAGCUGUGGGCAUUUUCUGAUUCGGAAGCAAGGAAGAAAAACUAGGUCACUUCAAGCUCUUUCUUUACUGUUGACAUUGACCCAUUUAUCCUUCUCUUCCCUCAGACCCCCUCCCCCAUUGCCACUCAGCCUGGACAUCUGUCCCAGACGAAAUCUCACCUUCCACUGUCCUUGCCGCCCAGGGGCUUGUGCGGGGCGUUCUGCGGCAGCCCCCUCUCCUCAAACCGGGGAGGAGGCCGGUCUGGAGAGUGCCCUGGGCCACCCCCAGUUUGUCCUCUGCCUCCGGCCUCAGUUGCCCCGUCUGCUAACUUGGGUUGAUGAUGCGUGUUCUGUGGAGCCAGAGGAUGAAGCUCCAGGGAGGUCACGGAUGAGGAAGAGCCCAGGGCUGGGCGCAGCCUGCGCAGGGGCCUCCUCGGUGCGGUGCCCCUAGGCCCUGCGCGGCUCCACUUCCUCGGCGCGCCCCUCCCUCUCCCUUCUCCUCCCCUCUCCCCCUUCCCGCCGCUCCCCUGCCGCUCCUCGAGCCGGUCAGCUCGCCUCGCUCUUCAGCUGUCCUCGUUCCCUGGCGCCUCGCUGCCCCGCGCCCGCCCCGGGGUCCCAGGGUCCCAGCGCCCCGCCGCCGCCGCCGCCGCCGCCGCCGCCGCCGCCGCCCCCGCCAGGCCGGGCCCCGCCGCAGCGCGGGCGGUCAGUGCGCAGCCCCGGCGCCCGUCCGGAGCCGAGAGCCCGGAGCCCGGAGCCGGAUCGCGGGCUCGGAGCGGACCCGACCCGCCCGCCGCCCCCAGCCAGGCGCCAUGCUGCUGCUCCUGCUGGGCCUGCUGGGCCCUGCCGCCUGCCGGGCCCUGGGGCCGGGGCCGGGCUCGACGGAGCUGGGCUCGACGGAGCUGCGCUCGGCCUUCUCGGCCGCACGCACCACCGCCCUGGAGGGCACAUCGGAGAUGGCGGUGACCUUCGACAAGGUGUACGUGAACAUCGGCGGCGACUUCGACGCGGCCACAGGCCAGUUCCGCUGCCGCGUGCCCGGCGCCUACUUCUUCUCCUUCACGGCCGGCAAGGCCCCGCACAAGAGCCUGUCGGUGAUGCUGGUGCGCAACCGCGACGAGGUGCAGGCGCUGGCCUUCGACGAGCAGCGGCGGCCCGGCGCGCGGCGCGCCGCCAGCCAGAGCGCCAUGCUGCAGCUCGACUACGGCGACACGGUGUGGCUGCGGCUGCACGGCGCCCCGCAGUACGCGCUCGGCGCCCCGGGCGCCACCUUCAGCGGCUACCUGGUGUACGCCGACGCCGACGCGCCUGCGCGCGGCCCGCCCGCGCCCCCCGAGCCGCGCUCGGCCUUCUCGGCGGCGCGCACGCGCAGCCUGGUGGGCUCGGACGCGGGCCCGGGGCCGCGGCACCGGCCGCUCGCCUUCGACACGGAGCUCGUCAACAUCGGCGGCGACUUCGACGCGGCGGCCGGCGUGUUCCGCUGCCGCCUGCCGGGCGCCUACUUCUUCUCCUUCACGCUGGGCAAGCUGCCGCGCAAGACGCUGUCCGUGAAGCUGAUGAAGAACCGCGACGAGGUGCAGGCCAUGAUUUACGACGACGGCGCGUCGCGGCGCCGCGAGAUGCAGAGCCAGAGCGUGAUGCUGGCGCUGCGGCGCGGCGACGCCGUCUGGCUGCUCAGCCACGACCACGACGGCUAUGGCGCCUACAGCAACCACGGCAAGUACAUCACCUUCUCCGGCUUCCUGGUGUACCCCGACCUCGCCCCCGCCGGCCCGCCGGGCCUCGGGCCCCCGGAGCUCUGAGCCCCGCCCGGGGAGGGGAGCCCAGCGGCGGCCCGCGGCGUGCUUGCCGAGCCGAGCCGAGCCGAGCCGAGCCGAGCCGAACGCCCCGCCGGCGCGAGCAUGACGGCCCGCCCAGUGCGGCUGACCCUGCCAAUAAAGUGGGCCUGCGCCGGCGCCUGUCUGCCUGGGGUCCUG